AUGAAGUUUUCCAUUUUUCCGGACACUUUUGUUUCCUUGAGUAUGUUUCGUAAAGAAGAAAGACUUUGCAAAGCACAUGUGCACCAUAUUAGAGCAGGAAGGCGACUGGAUGGGAACUUGAAGAACAAAGAGAGCAAGGUCGCGUCCGAAGUUGGUGUCAUCAUAGUGAUGGACCGGAUGCCAGGAGCCAUAUGCCUAGAACCCGGCAGACUCGAAUUCAGUGAGAAUGGACUGUGGUGUGUCCAAUACAAAGUACAAUUAUCGGGCGACGUACCCUCAUGGGACAACUUACCAGCUGCCGCCACUACAGGGUGA